UCCACCUGUGGGAUUAAAUUGGGAUUUUUGUUGUUGUUGUUGUUUCAUAUUUCUGAUUUUUGAUGUUGAACUUUGUAAGCUUUGUUGAUAACUUUUCUUUUUUUGAUUUUGGCAUUUCAGUGUUUGUCUGAAGUCAUUCAUGUCAGUGAAUAGAUUUCCAUCUAUUUUGCAGUCAAUCUGAUCAUUCUAUUAUUAUAUGCUCUUUACUUAGUAACUUACAGAUCAGAAAUACAGGUGGAUUAAGUGGAAAGAGAGGAAACCAGAGAUAAAUUAUGGUGUUCUCUAUGGUGAUGAGUUGUUCACCUCAUAUCUGUCUGCCAAGGAGCCGCAUGGUUAUGCAGAAAACAAUUAGGUGCUCUGCUUCUGUUUCGACAGCGUCUGAGUCCAUCCAAUUUGAUCUUAAGAAUUAUUGGACAACUCUAAUUCGUGAUAUCAACCAGAAGCUUGAUGAGGCAGUCCCAGUUAAGUACCCAAAUCAGAUUUAUGAGGCCAUGCGCUACUCCGUUUUGGCUAAGGGUGCUAAAAGGUCCCCACCCAUCAUGUGUGUCGCGGCUUGUGAGCUUUUCGGUGGAAAUCGCCUCGCUGCCUUUCCCACUGCCUGUGCCUUAGAAAUGGUUCAUGCUGCUUCAUUGAUUCAUGAUGAUCUGCCUUGCAUGGACGAUGACCCAACUCGAAGAGGGCUGCCUGCAAACCACACAGUUUUUGGGGUAGAUAUGGCAAUUUUGGCCGGGGAUGCCUUGUUCCCUCUUGGUUUCCAGCAUAUUGUGUCUCACACUCCAAGCGAUCUCGUUCCUGAGGAUCGCAUCCUGAGGGUCAUUACAGAGAUUGCUCGAGCUGUGGGGUCCACUGGUAUGGCUGCCGGUCAAUUCCUUGAUCUUGAGGGUGGACCAAAUGCUGUUGACUCUGUCCAAGAAAAGAAGUAUGGUGAAAUGGGUGAGUGCUCUGCUGUUUGUGGAGGACUCUUGGCUGGUGCUUCAGAUGAGGAGAUCCAACAUCUGAGAAGAUACGGUCGAGCAGUUGGUGUCUUAUAUCGGGUUGUUGACGAUAUAUUGGAAGCAAAAGAGACUGAGGACAAAAGCGAGGGAAAGAAAAAGAAAGGCAAAAGCUAUGUUAGUCUUUACGGCAUUGAGAAGGCUAAGAAAGUUGCUGAGGAUCUUAGAGCACAGGCUAAGAGAGAGUUAGAUGGUUUGGAGAAGUAUGGUGAUAAAGUCAUUCCACUUUACAGUUUUGUAGAUUAUGCUGCAGAUAGAGGUUUUAGCCUUCAUAACUAAGUCUAAAUUACAUUUGACAUUGUUGUCUUAUGUUUAAUCAUGAUAUUUAACCAGAACUAUCAAGUUUGUUGUAUGGAUAGUUGUUAAUGAAGCUGUAAUUGCAAUAAUCUCAGCUAAAUAGGAUGUCAA